UCGAAAUGCCACGUCUGCUGUUCUUUUUUCCUUUCUUUCUCCCCACGCCCUCGCGGCCCCGCCUCGUCUUCCUCUCGCUUUGCCCGCUCGGAGCUAGACUCGAUCGCAUCGCGUCACAUCCGAGGGAGGCAAAACCCUAGGCAGAUCCCUCCCGAAGCCUACCGCGACCUUCCGCCCCCGGAGGAGAUGCAGGGCGGCAACCACAUGCUCCUCGAGGAGCCCGUCCGCCUCGCCUCCGUCCUCGCCCCCGCCAAGCCCAAAGUUUUCCCAUCCCUCACUAAGAUUGUUGGGACGCUUGGGCCCAACUCGCACUCAGUCGAAGUGAUUGAAGAAUGUCUCACUGCUGGGAUGUCAGUUGCGCGGUUUGAUUUCUCUUGGAAGGAUGCUACUUAUCAUCAGGAGACCCUCGACAAUCUGAGGAAAGCGGCACAGAAUGUGAAGAAGUUAUGUCCUAUAAUGCUGGAUACAGUGGGUCCAGAAAUUCAGGUUCACAAUUCAACUGGUGGAGCAAUCGAGUUGAUAGGGGGGAAUCAUGUCACAAUAACACCAGAUCUUUCUAAAGCUCCUUCGGCUGAUAUCCUACCAAUUAAAUUUGGCGAUCUUGCAAAAGUUGUGAAGAAGGGUGAUACUCUUUUCAUUGGUCAAUAUCUUUUCACAGGAAGUGAAACAACAUCUCUAUGGCUUGAAGUUACGGAGACUUCUGGUGCAGAAGUGAUUUGUUACGUGAAGAACACAGCUACACUGUCAGGGCCCAUUUUCACUCUGCAUGUUUCACAAGUACAUAUCAGUAUGCCCACUUUGAGUGAAUAUGAUAAACAGGUCAUAUCAACGUGGGGGCUGCAAAACAGUGUUGACAUUAUAUCGCUUUCCCAUACCCGCUCUUCUGAAGAUGUCAGGGAGCUUAGAGCCUUUUUAAAAUCUCAUGAUCUUCAAGACACACAGAUAUAUGCGAAGGUUGAAAAUGCUGAGGGUUUGGAGCAUUUUGAUGAAAUUCUCCAAGAGGCGGAUGGUAUCAUCAUAUCGCGAGGAGACCUGGGAAUUGACCUCCCACCAGAGAGGGUGUUCAUGUCCCAAAAGACUGGUAUUCAUAAAUGCAACAUGGCCGGCAAACCUGUGAUCAUUACUAGAGUUGUGGACAGCAUGAUUGACAAUCUGCGCCCUACUCGCGCAGAAGCUACUGAUGUUGCAAAUGCUGUCCUAGAUGGAACUGAUGGCAUUUUGCUCGGUGCGGAGACACUUCGAGGGCAGUAUCCUGUUGACGCUGUGCGUACUGUGGGCAGAAUAUGUGCAGAAGCUGAGACCGUGUAUAACCAGUCACUUCACUUCAAGAAAGUAGUGAGGCAUGUAGGUGAACCAAUGGUCCAUGAAGAAUCUGUGGCAUCAUCAGCGGUUCGUUCUGCAAUGAAGGUAAAAGCUGCUGCAAUUGUUGUGUUCACCUUCUCGGGGAGAGCUGCUAGGUUAAUUGCUAAAUACAGGGCCCCAAUGCCAGUUUUAGCAGUUGUGUUCCCGCGUGAGGGCUCUGAUCCAUCGAAGUGGCGUUCUUAUGGCACGACACAGGCGAGGCAAUGUUUUUCUGUGAGAGGUGUCUACCCUUUGAUGGGGAGUACUGACGAUGUAUGCACUUCUUACUUGGUGAUACCAGAGCAAGUUCUGUUAUUUCCAAUGUUAAGCAUAUAUGGUGGCUGCGGAUGCUUUUUGUUUGGAGAUCUACGGUGCAACUAUCUCAGAGUUGCGUUGAACUUUCUUAUUACAGCUACUCCCUCUGUUCACUUUUGCUGAAACUGGUGGGCUCACCAAGGAAGAAUACGGGAUAAAACUUGCACUGAACUAUGGCCGGUCAGUAGGCAUAAUAAAGCCAUACGACAGGGUGAUUAUUUUUGAAAAGAUCGGUGAUUCCUCUGUUGUCAAGAUCAUCGAGUGCGACGAUUCUGAAAGAUGAAUGACCCUUCUCAGGCAACAGUUUCAACUAUACGCCUGAGAUUGCCUCCUCUUUUUGUUCUCCAUUCACUUUGACCAGAGAUAAAAGAGUAGUAUAGCACGACAAGGUUGUCAUGUUUAGCACCUUGGUAUUUUAGAUUUACAUACUUGUUGCCCUAAUAAAGUGAAGAGAGCUCAUUCACUCAAACAUCCAAGUUUUGGACAAAAUUAUAGGAUUGUUGAGAUAAUACCUAUGAGUGAUUCCUAGCUUGUAUUUCAUGUUACAUAAUACGCUAUAUGACAUUAUCUGCUAUUACCUUGCA